AGAAGAAGAAGAAGAAGAAGACUAAGAAUAAGUAUAUUUCUUUAUUCAUAAGUUUAAAUUCAGUGAAUUUUGAGGACCAAACAAAACAGAUAAUGAAUUAAAAUACUACUACUGCUACUACUACUACUACUACUAGUAGUAGUAGUACUACAAAUAACAACAACUUAUUUACAUGUAUUUCUGUGGAAGAGACAGUAGGCUACUGCUUAAAACACAAAUUGGGAAUUGUGUGGUGUAUCGUCAGAUCCUGGAAGAGCAUGUGAUAUUGUGCAACCAUGUUUUUGUGUUGAAUAAAUUAUGUCGAUGUAAUAAUUUUGUCCUUUUUGGCAAGCCCUUUUUGCUACAACUUAACUUACCAUGCAAUUCUACAGUCAUACUAUCCCUAAUCUGUUCGUAUGCCAUGCAUCAACAUAUUUUUGUAAGCUGACAGACAGCAGAGAGGCUGGAGGAGAUGGAGGCGAGGACAGAGGAGGUAGAGGAAAAGAGGCAGGAAGAGAUAGAGGAGCAGAGGCUGAGGGAGAGGAUGGAGGUGGUAGUGGAGGAGAACCCACAGUUGGAGAUAGAGGAGGAGGUGGAGGAAGACAAGCAGAGACAGAGGCUGGAAAUUCACAGGCACCUGCAGGGAGAGGACAGACAGGCACCUGCUCAGAAGAUACACGAGAGACAGACCCAGGCAGGGAGAGAAGUGAUCAGCAUGCAGAGGAGCUUGGUAGCUGCCCACAUCAGCCCAACUCUUGUUUUAUUCAAACUCAGUCCUUGACCAAAAAGACACUAAAAUUUCAGGACAGCUGGUUUAGGAAGCACACGUGGCUUCAUUACAGCAAGGCAUUGAAGGGGGUGUUGUGUUUUUAUUGUGCCAAAUAUUUUGCAAUUCAGAAAUCGUCUUUAGCCAGUAAGGCUGAUGGGGCAUUCAUAACAACAGGUUUCAGUAACUGGAAAAAAGCACUUGAGAAGUUCCAUCAGCAUGAAAACAGCGACUGUCAUGCAGCAGCGAUGACCACUUAUCUGCACAGCAAACAGCCAAUCACUACACAACUCUCAACGCAAUUACAGAAACAGCAGCAUGAGGCUAGGAACAGCCUCUUGAAGAUUGUGGGUGGGAUUAUGUAUCUGGCAAGGCAAGGCAAUGCUUUCAGGGGGCAUGACAGCAAAGAGGGAAACUUGCACCAACUGAUGAUUUAUAAAGCAGAGGAUGACGCCGAAUUCAACAGCUGGCUCCAGAGAGGCAAUAACUUCACCAGCCCAAAAAUUCUAAAUGAAAUCAUAAAAAUAAUCGGCAACAAAAUAGUAUAUGACAUCGUUAAGGAGAUCCUGUCAUUGCCCCUAAUCCAGUACUCUCUCAUCAUUGAUGGGACACAGGAUGCAGCUGGAGUCGAGCAAGAGUCGUUCUGUCUGCGCUUCAUUGACAAAAACUUGCAACCCAGAGAGGAAUUUAUCGGUCUCUACCAGGUUACAUCCACUACUGGAGAGAACAUCGCAAGUGCAGCCAAAGAUGUCCUGCUUCGCCUGAAUCUACCUCUUUCCCAGCUACGAGGUCAAGCAUACGAUGGGGCGGCCAAUAUGUCGGGACGAAUGCAGGGUGUGCAAGCACAUCUGAAGAAGGAGCAACCUCUGGCUGUUUAUGUUCACUGUGGGCCACAUUGUAUCAAUGUUAUUACCCAAGCUGCCUGUGCAUCCUCCACUAUCAUAAGAGAUGCUAUUCAUUUGGUGCAUGAAUUGGGCGUGUUGUUCCACCAGUCUAUGAAGUUCAGGGCCAUCUUUGCAACUAUAGCGAAGUCGGAUCAUACAGCUCCUUACACAUCGCUGAAGCCUCUUUGCCCCACCAGGUGGACGGUGCGAACGCCAGCCAUUCGCUCUGUUCUCAAUCAGUACCACUCCGUGCUUGCUGCAACAGAGGAAAUGGCUCAGUCUUCCAUGAUGGAUGUGGCUGCAAAAGCAAGUGGCCUUCAUGAGAAGUUUUUGAGGGGCAAUACACUUCUUGGCCUUCUUCUUGCAGAAGAUGUGAUGUCGAUGUUGGAGGAGCUGAACAUUUCUCUGCAGCAGAGAAGACAGACGACAUCAGGGAUGCUGGCUACCGUGGAGCAUGUGAAGAGAGGGAUCCAGGAGAAAAGAUCAGAAGGGCAUUUUGGCCAGCUGUACAUGAGAGCAUCUCAGGUUGUAACAUCUGUAAGCCUGCAGCCCAUCAAAAUGCCUCACGUGAGAAUGCCCCCAAAACGCUUCACUGGUCCAGCCAUGCAGCAUCAGCAUCAUAGGUUUCAAGGUUUCAAGGUUUUAUUUGUCAUAUGCACAGCAGAUACAGCGUAUAUGUUGGCAAUGAAAAUCUUAUGUCCCAUGCUCCUCCAACAACUCCACAUACAUGGUGCAAAUAUGGCUCAAGACUACUACAGAGUGCAGUACUUUGGCACUUUAGACACUGUCGUUACACAGUGCUCAGAGCGUUUUAGCCAAGAGGGGCUUCAGAGGCUACAGAAGUUAGAAAACAUUGUCAUAACUGGGAAGAUGGAUACACUCAUCAAUGAAUACCCAGAGUUGGAUGCCAUGUCUUUGGACAUACAGUUGAAAAUGUUCAAGGCCAACUACCCCAGUACAAGUCUCUCAGAGGUAGUGGAGGCCCUCUUGCGACUUGUCAUGGUUGUUCCUGCCUCCUCAGCAGAGGCUGAGCGAAGUUUUAGUGCCCUUAGACGCCUGAAGACAUGGCUGAGAACAUCAAUGACGCAAACCCGGCUAAACAAUCUUGCCGUUUGCCAUGUCCAUCAAGACAAAUUGGAUGCAUUGGACAGGAGACAGAUCUGUCAAAGAUUUGUGGAAAUGAAUGGGGAACGCCUCCGUACUUUUGGGGCAUUUAUUUAAGUCUUAUUUAGAUAUAUUUCUAUGCUCUUUUUGACCUAAUUAUCAGAAUAUCACUUAUCUUUGUUUAAGAAGCCAAUAAGUUAACAAUUGCACAUUUUGUAUUUGUGUUUUGCUACUUGACAGCCUACAAUAAAAAACAAGCUUUGAAUUGUAA